AUGAAAUUAAUACAGACGUUGGUGUUUGCUGAAAAUGAACUCGAGCUGAACGCAGUAUUUUCUGAGCUGAAAGAUGAUCAAACUAACUACACCAAAAAUUCAAUGCUCCGGAAGUCAGAAUGGUCUAUAUGUCUUCGAAAACGUCUGUUAACUAGAGGUAAUAACACUGAUAACUAUACAGAAUCGAUGAUUUUUAUCUUCAAGUGUAUCAUUUUAUGACGUAUCUGUGCGUACAACUUGGUGUAACUUUUAAAAUUUAUUGUGGAGGACCUCGACAGGUAUUUCCAGCGUAAACUACUAGCACUGGCUUUUGGUAAACCACAGAAUUUGCACACUGCUUCCAGAUGUUUUGGCAAAAAAAGCAACCACGGUCAAUUUGGCAACAAUUACACAAGACAGUGGCGAGCCAUUUAAAUUUUAUGUGCCAAGUAGGAAAGAAAAGGGAACAAUUUACGUGGUUAACUCUUCAAUUGGAAUGCGUGCUUGUCCAGCAGGUGAAAAUGGAAACAGCUGUCCUCACCAAGUCACAGUUGCGCUUAAGUACAGCAUCUCUAACAGCAACUUUAUACCGACAAACCAUAUUGAUAAAUAUAAGCUCGUAUUGGCCAUUGGAGAGCAUCCAGACUUGUGUGCUGAAAAAUUUGCAGAUAUCCACCAAAAGAAGUUUGACUUGACUAAAACAGCGAUUACAGAACCUGUUGUUGUCAAUGAGAUUCCAAAGUAUGUGCCACUAAACGACGAACCCGAAAACAUUGAUGAUGAACACACAGACAAACUGGAGACAAGCUUAGACAACGUUAUCAAACUCCACAAAGAGUUAUCCAGCGACAUAGAAUUUUGGUUACGGAGUGGAAAUCCAAACUUUAUAAAAUGCUACAGUAAAUACCUUGAAACCUACAAAAAAUUGUAA